AUGCCCUCCUGUGCUCUACAAGGCCACUCCAGAAGACCCCAACAUGGCAGGGGACCUCCAGGAUUCAAGCAUCGGUUCCUUGUGGGCUUGAUCCUGGCAUUUGGCUGUCUGCUGGCAGUAACGGGUGCCUCCUCGGACGAUGAAAGUUCUUCAUCCAAGGAAAAGAAGGUGGCCAUUGUGACACUGGUGACAACCAGUACGUACAUUCCGGGCGCUCUCGUUCUGGCAGAAUCUCUCCAAGCUGUAAAAGCCAAGGGCGAUCGAGUAUUGCUGUGGGUUGGUCCAGAAGAUGACCCUCGUUCCGAUAUGACUCCCGAUCGGAUUGCCGAAUUGAAAGAGUACUGGGAUGAAACACGACAAUUGACCAAAGCCGAUGGGAGUUACACGGAAUGUCAAAUUUCAGAGCAGCACAAGACACUCAUUCAAGAAAAUCCAACACUCAAAGGAUUGGAUCGUUACUGGGGAACUUGCAGCAAAUUCGCCGUCUGGGGACUCGUCGACUACGAUGUCGUCGUAUACAUGGAUGCCGACAGUGUUGCUCUACACAAUUUCGAUUUUGUGUUUGAUUAUCUAGACACUGGUGAAGCCCAUUUUGCAGCACACGGUGUCCCCGAAUGCUGGGAUACCAAUCCUCCACAAUUCUUGGAAUGCAACUUUUACACGGCUUUUUUCGUCAUCAAACCAUUGCCUCAUGUGCAAUCCUAUUUUCAUCAAUUGGCAUCCAAACAGUACUUGGCAGAAGGAGAAAUCACGCUCCUGAAUCAAGUCAUUCAGCAAUGGAAACCACUGCCACGCUUUACCCUGGUCGCACAAACAGAGGCCGUUAGACCCAUGGCAGACGAUGGCAAAACCAUGGAUUGGUCACAAGCCAAAGUAUACGAUUUUGCCGGAAAUCCCGAUACCAAACCGUGGAUGUCACAUGCGCUGGCCAAACAGUACCAUGACCCCAAUUGGCACGCGUAUUUUGGGUCCAUGGUACCUGGCACCGAAGGGUACAAUCGGUACAUGGUGCCGCAGAAAAUAUGGAAUGACUAUUACGACAAAGUGUUGGCAAAAAAAGAAAAGAAACAAAAGGCAACGAAAGAAGAAUUAUAA